CCCUCGUUCGAUCGACGUCGGCAUGGCCUGCCCAUGAUACUCGAUCGCUCAAGCAUUGUUUAUUUUCGUCAUCCCUUUCCAGCCUUGCACGAGGAGGGUGAACGGCAGGAAACACCAUGCUCCCUCUCGUCUUUGCCGCGACGCUAGUAGCGUCCGCCGCCGCGGCCGAACCUCGCCCCGCCGUCGCCCGAGGGAAUGGCAUUAUCCGGUCUCCUAUCAACGCGAUCUCGGGUCCCGCGCCGAAGCUGCGAGUACGCCAGAACGAAGUGCAGGUAGAGAACCAAAGCGAAGGCACACGAUAUGGCGUUGAGAUUGAGGUCGGGACACCGCCGCAGAAGGUGACCCUGAUUCUCGACACGGGCUCGCCAGAUACUUGGGUCAACCCGUCGUGCGCUACGGCGAACGUGCCGGCCGAUUGCCGCGCGUUUGCGCAGUUCGACUACACGAAGAGCACAUCACUCAACGAGACCGGUGUUGAAGACAUUCUCGUUUAUGGCAUUGGCAACGCGACGAUCCAGUAUGUGUACGAGACGGUGACCAUAGGAUCCGCAACAAUUGAGAAUCAGAUCAUCGGCAUCGCAACAGAGUCCCAUUCUAUCCCCUUGGGCAUCCUCGGCGUGUCCCCUCCAGUGCAGGGCCAAAACGAAUAUCCUUAUGUCCUCGACACAAUGGCCGAGCAAGGCCUCAUCAACUCCCGCGCCUUCUCCCUCGACCUGCGCGGUGUCGACAAUCCCAACGGCGCCAUCAUUUUCGGCGGCAUUGACACGGGCAAGUACAUCGGCGAGUUGGCUAAGCUCCCGAUGCUUGCCCCUGAAGAAUCCCCCGGUGGCGCAAGCCGUUACUACGUGACCAUGACCGGCGUCGGUGUGACCCUCCCCGACGGCGAAGUGACGCGGUCCGAAGAGAUCAACGUGGCCGUGUUCCUCGACUCAGGCUCUACCUUGACCCACCUACCCACCCCGAUCUACCAGGCCUUCGCCGAGGCCUUCGGCGACGCCCAGUACGACCCGUCGUCAGGCUUCUACUUCGUGCCCUGUGAUGUGACCAAGCUCGCUGGAUCCAUCGACUUUUACUUCGGCACCAAGGUCAUCCGCGUCCCGCUCAACGACUUCAUCUGGCAAGUCGAGGGCUACUGCAUGCUGGGCGUCCUGCCGAACGACGACGAGCCCAUCCUGGGCGACACGUUCCUGCGCGCCGCCUACGUCGUCUUCGACCAGGACAACCGCAACCUCCACAUCGCCCAGGCCGCCAACUGCGACACCGACCUGGUGGCCAUCGGCUCCGGCGCCGAUGCCGUCCCGAGCUCGACGGGCAAGUGCACCGAUCUGCCCACUCCGACCGGCGCUGGCGGCGUGCAGAGCCUGGAUGUCACCGCGACCCGGGCGCCGACCAAUACGUUCACGGGGACGGCUCCCACGGGGGUCGCGCAAGGUCCGGGACCCAAGGUCAGCAAUACCAGGAACGUUUCGCCCACGGAGACGGAUAAGAACGCAGCCGGGAGAGGGGUUGAGGUUAGGCUUGGCGCGGUUAUGGUGUUCGGAGUGGUGAACAUGCUUGCUUGGAUGCUCUAGAGUCGGGUUGGCUAGACGGCAAUUUUGGAUACCACCUAAUGAGUUGCUUUUGUGAGCGGGUGUGGCUUUGCAGCGAGGGAGCGCGUAGUUGGCUUUCGUG